CAAGCAAAAUAUCCAGAAAUCCGGCUACACUAGCUGAUCAGCACAUCAAGUGAUUUAUCUUGCUUUACAAAAGUGAAUUUCAUUAUUAGGUAGAGAAAAGAAAAAAAGGAAAAUGUUUCGUUUAACGACAGUCGGAAUAAUUAUUGGACUUAUAUCAGAUGUUAAUGCUGUUUGCCUACGACCAGAAGAGCACACUCACACGGAAACGUUUAUAAAUGACCGUUAUUCUUUUCGGUAUAACUUGGACGAGGAGUUUCCAGAGGGAACUACCUUGGUGAGUCGAUGUCAAGAUAUCGGCCGCUAUCGGUUUGACGGCAGUACAGUAAGGAAAUGUACGAAAGGAAGCUGGAGCGCGCCACCACCCAAAUGCACUCAAUCAGAAGCUCAACUCAUCAUACAGACAUAUGCUAAGUUUGAAGAGUCAAAUAACGGCAGUUUCAUCAUAGUCGUCCCCGAAGAUAAACGAAAAAAACUGAUGAUAUCUUGCCGAGUGGGAGAGCCAGAGCUCAUCAUAGAGCUGUACAAUAAGACGGCUAAGGUUCCAUCGAAUACGAAACAUUUCAGAGCAACGAAAACAAUCGUAAUAAACAAACCAAAUCCAUCAUAUUCCGGCCUGUACAAAUGUAAUGACGCGCUGAAUGAUCGAGAGCCACAAAUGGAAGUCGAAAUCAUUAUUUUAGAAACUGCACCGAUGUGUGAGGUACCUCAAGCGCCAAAGAAUGGCAAAAGAAGUCGUCCUGGAAUGGAUGAAGUCACUAUGACCAGUGAGAUUGUGUAUUCCUGUGACGAUGGGUUUAGCCUAGAGGGUGCACAAUUUACAAAGUGUACCUCUUCAGGAUUAUUUAAUUCUGAUCCUCCAACAUGUGUCGCAAACUUAUGUAAACCGCCGCCACCAAACACCCUUAUGAAUGGACAGAUAUUAGGUGCCGAGUAUUACGUUGGUGAUACUCUUGGAUUUCUCUGCGAUGACGGCUUUAAUAUUGACGGUAAAUCACUUUUCUCUGUGGAAUGCAGACCAUCACUUAUGUGGUCCGACGAAUUUCCUGAAGGAUGUUUACCAAAUCCAACCAGUCCUCCUGUAACUACUGCAAAAUAAUAUGUCGAUCAGACCAACCUGUCAAAUGUUGACGGAUCGUCAUAUUCUGAAAGCAACUUUGUCUUCUAGCAAUGUAAUGUCUUCUUUUGUUUCAUUUUUGUAAACAUUUCUUCAUAUUCUUAUUCGUUUGCAUACAUUUUAACAUUCAUCCAAUUCUUUAAAAUUGCAAAUAUAGUAAUAAAAAUAGAAGUAUGACUAUAUUCACUGUCAAUUAACAAAGCUAAUUCUCACUUUGUAUGACGUACCGUAAUAUAAAUAACAAAAUGUUUGCUUUUUUUUAACUACUGUAGACUUUGCCAUUUUUGGAAAGUAACCAAAAUGUUCGAGAAUUUAAAAACAAUCUGAUAAAACAAUUAAUGACUAGUGAAAAAAAAACCGUAGACACUAAUAAUGAUACAUUAAAUCGAAACUAAUACUUUCCUUAAACAACACGAUUUUGUAAAAUUUCUCGGCAAUUGAAGGAGAUUUACCAAUUUACCAAUUCACACAGGUGAACCAAAUAUUUAUAAGCUGAUGGGGUUGUGAGGUUCUUUUUCAAUUACAACCACGCUCUACUGACACAAAUUGCAACUAAGUUUCACUAAAGAAACUAAUUUAAUACUUUAAUUAUUUGUUGAUUUUGCAUUUUAAAAUAACUGAAAUACCACAAACAACAUAAGCAGGAAAGAUGGCUGUUAUACGGAUUAAAAAGUGGGAACUUUCUGUGUUUAGCAAGCUUAACAGCAAUAAUUAGUUAGAGAACCAAAUGUUAUAUUAUCAUCAUUGUGUGGUAUUGUAAUAGUAAUAUUAGUACAGUAAUCACAUAAAUACAGUGAAAUAAAACCGUUAUACCGCAGGCGAUCCAAACAUAGCCAGGUUAGGCCUUUUAGCAAACUGAAUGAUAAGAUGGACGUUUUUAUAUUUUUAGAAAGUAAUUUGUAAACAUUUCUGCAUGUUAUUGUCAAUCGUUUUCAAUUAAAUAUAUAUCAAAAUA